AUGUCAACGAUAUCGUCAACAACCGAUAUAACGACAAAGUAUCAUCGAGUGGCGAGUGAGUACGCAAAAUUAAAAGCCCAAAUACCGGUGCUGAAAAAUGCGGUGCUUAGUGAACAGGCCAAAACGAAACGUUUAACUAAAUUUAACUUGAGAGUCUCAAAAUGGUCGGAAUUGCAGGAUGAAAACCAUGCCAAAGAGAGUGCUCUUCGUAAGUUGGAGGCCGAAAAUGAAAGUUUAGGAUUUCGAAAUAAUCAACUGUUGAAGAGGGUUGAAGCAUUGCAAUUGGAAAUCGACAAAUCAACACAUCAACAUUCUGGAAAGAAGCGUCCCACAUCGUCGUCGGCUGCUCAGAGCAGCACUCCAUCGUCAGCGAAGCGCUUGGAACGACCGCAAAUCGAUACGACUCUUUUGGAAGAAGAACUGAUGGUGAAGGUUCAGGAGAAUGAGCGAUUGCAUAGUAAAAUUUUUGAAUUGGAAUCUCUACGCGACAAGGACAUAGCGGCGUUGAAUGAGAAGUGUGUAUGGCUGCAGAAGGAGAACGAUAUGCUUCGAUCGGAAGUGGAGAAACUGAGAGUGAAGGCAUUGUCUAAUGUUGCUGGCGAUAGAAAAGAAGAUGGUGGUGUAUUGGUUCAGCGGUCAGAAUCGAAAUCGAAAAUGAAGAAUCAAAGGGGUCAAGAGAAUGAAUUGAUACGUUCUGUAUUGCAACAGCAACAGCAACAACCCGAAACGAACGGAUGUGCGUAUUCAGAACCGUCAUCAUCAACAAAUCCGGAAACUGUUUCGCAGAAUCAAGAAGACAAUCCUGGACAUGCGCUGAUAGUUGACAGCUUACGAAGUACGCAUACUCUUAUCACAUCGUUUUCAUCGUUACUGAGAUUAUUGGAGCAACGAUCGACAAUCUAUCCAAACGAUAUGAAUUUUGAGGUGUUACCGGAAAGCACGAAAUUGUAUGGUGAACGUUUGGUGCGAAGUGUUGAUUUAAUUGAUAAUAUUACAAUGCGAUUGGAUGAAUUCAUUGGCGAGGUAAUCAUAAAUGAAGAGGAAACCCGUCGCGUCACUGCCCACUGUCAACAGAUCUUACCGUGUUUUGUUGAGGCAUUCAGUUCAAUUCAGAACUGGAAAGAGCUGUUUUGUGAGGGUAUUGAUCGCGAGAAUCGCCUCGCGUUCGCUGGACCCAAACUGUGUAAAUCGAACGAAGAAUGGCAAAAAGCUUUUAGUGCUUUAUUGGAAUGGUUAUUGCAGUUAGCACAGCGAUAUGAUAGCAAUAUUAAGGAAUGUGUUCGAGUGUUCUCGUCGAAAAUCUUCGCCGAGAAUCACAUACCGACGGCAUCGAAACGCUUACGAUGUGUGAACGAAUGUAUUGAGAAAUGUCUUCGUUCGUUGUCGAGAAAUGUGGAGAAUUUAGAUGCGUUGUUGAUUAUUUUGAACGAUACGUUGAGCAACAAUCUUAAAGCGAUGCUAGCAUCGAGCGGGUCAACGACUCUGAAGAAAUCUGAAGAAAUAGCGAAUAGUGACGAUCGAAUGCUCGGAUCUGUGAUCACUGAUGAUUAUGUUGAUGGUAUUGCUAAAGGUGAAACUGAAUUGUUGUCUAGAAAUGGCCGUCUGCUCAGGGAGGUUGGAAAUGCGGAAUUGGUUAAGACGAGUAAGGCAAUAGCAAACUGCGCGACAGCAAAUGAUUCAGAAUUGAAAAUUUCAUCAUCUGGAGAGCAAUCGACAACUCAAGCAGUGAUAUUAAAGCAGUCAUCGACAUCGUGCGAUGAUCUCGAAAAACAGUCGGUGAAAGGAGUGGAAAAAUCGCACAGUGUUCGUAGUAAUGAGCAGGAGUUGAAUUCAGCGUUGAAGAGGGCGUUGGAGUUGGAGAAAGAAAAGGAGAGGAUUCUGGUGGAGAGGGAAUUGCUGAAAAUGAAAUUAGCAUCGUUGUCGAUUUCAUCUGCUGCAGCGAGGACAGACAAUGGAAAUGGUGAUGGUGAUAAUCGAAUAGGAGAUGAGGAUGAUUUGGAGCUGUUGGGUAUAUAUCACGAGAAACGGGUCGGUGAACUGCUGGCACAGCUGCAGUUGGCAAAUAGUCGAGCUGGUUAUUAUAAAACUGAGUGUGAACAGCUGUUACGAGAAACAUCGAGUGUGGUGCACGAAAAGGAAACGUUAAGCUCAAAUUUAAUGGAAUCAACACGUAAAAUCGUUUUGUUGAAUGAUGAUUUGGAAACGACUCGAAAGGGAUAUGAAGACCAAAUGCGUAGCCUUUACGAGCAUUUGGGUGAAUUGAACACGCAACUCGAACAUCAAACCGAUACAAUUACAUCUCUGCGAGAAACAUCCAAUCAACAACAGCAACAUUCAAAUGGAUUCUCGAAACAGGGUUCACGCCGACUGUUGUUCAAGUGA